UUAUUUUAAUAUAUUAUAUCACUUGCUGAUAAAAGUGUGUGAAUGAAUCUCUUAAAUAAGGGGGUGAACUAUGCAAUUUUGCAAAUGUCAUAGAUAACAGGGCAAGAAAGUUAAUUUGGGGUUAGUUGGACUCCACUUACAAAUUCAGGGGUAAUAUGCCACUUUAGCUUAAAAUUAAUGGCACAGCAGUAACUGGAAGCAGAAUUUGGAGUUGGAGAAGAUGCAGGAGGAGAACUCUCAGAAGCAACACAAAUUCAUGUUUUGCUUACAGCUUAUUUAACUGGUUAAGGAAUAACAAGAUGGCUAGACAAGCUAAUGACAGCCUUUUUCUUGAAGAAUUGCUGAGGAGCAACAGUGGAACUAGUAAUAAUAGUAAUAGUAGCAGCAGCAUAACCACAAGCCACUCGUCUUUGUCAUCUGCUCGGGCCAUCAUUCAAGCAUGGGCUGAACUUAGAGACUCGUUUCAACAUCAAUCAUUCCAGCCUAAUCAUCUUCAAGCUUUGAAGAUCCUUCUUCAAUAUAAAACUUCCCUUCAUGUCGCUGAGCCCCAAGCAAAGCUUCUUAUUUCCAUUUUGUCUUCUCAAAAUAUCUUCCUUCCUCUUGAGUCCUAUCCUUUGUUAUUUCGGCUUCUUUAUAUCUGGGUCAGAAAAUCCUUUAGGCCAUCUUUAGCACUUGUUGAUUCAGCAGUGGAGGUUCUCUCUAAGCGUUUACAUAAUAACUUUGAUGCUAAGAGAAACCCUGAGCUAUUUGCUGAAGCAGUUCUCCUUCUGGGUGCAUUCGCAUUUGUGCCUUCUGCAACUGAAACCUCUAAGACAGUUUGCUUGGAGUUGCUGUGUAGGCUGUUGGAUGAAUACUACAAACUGGUUAGCUCUGUUGAUGGACUUAUUCCAAAUGUUCUUGCAGGGAUUGGAUAUGCUCUAUGUUCUUCUGUUAAUGCAUAUUAUGUUAGAAUUUUGGAUGCAUUUUUUGGAAUUUGGGGCAAGGAGGAUGGACCACAUGGUAAUGUUUCUCACGGACUCAUGAUUUUGCAUUUGGUUGAUUGGAUUAUAUUUGGGUUCAUCAAAUUACGUUCUGAUGAGAAACUGCAUAAGUUUGCUCAUGGGAUUUUAGAGAAUCCGAAGCCAAACUAUGUACCUUUUGCUCUCGUGAUGGCUGCAGCUGGUGCUCUGAGAGCUUUGAAUAGAUCAGUAGCAGAUGCCCAUGGCCUGGAGAUAGUGUCGAGAUUAAGGAUUUCUGCUGAAAAUCAGAUAGAAUUGGUGGCACAGGGUUUGAUUGCAGACACCGGUGGAUUUUCUAUCAUAGAAAAUGAUUACAAAACCAGUCUUCUGCUACAGUGCAUUUCAUUAGCUUUGGCUCGAUGUGGGUUAGUGUCUUCUCGAGCCUCUCUGCUUAUAUCCAUUGCUUCAGCAUUAUUAUUGGAAAUAUUUCCCUUGCGACGUUUAUAUACAAGGAUUCUUGAGUUAAAUCAUGACAGCCCUGGAAUGAUGCUUGGUGAUGUUAAAGAACACCUGAAUAGUCUUUCUUUUAAGGAGGCGGGGACCAUAAGUGGUGUUUUCUGCAAUCAAUAUGUCUCAAUAGAUGAAGAGAACAAGGUGAUAGUGGAAAAUAUGGUAUGGCAUUUCUGCCGAGAGCUCUACCUGGGGCAUCGACAGGUGACCUUGGUUCUCCAUGGGAAAGAGGAUGAGUUGCUUGGGGAUAUUGAAAAAAUUGCUGAGUCUGCCUUCCUUAUGGUUGUAGUUUUUUCAUUGGCUGUUACUAAGUACAAGCUAAAUUCAAAAUUAUCUACUGAAGCUCGAAUGGAGACAUCUGUUUCAAUUUUAGUUUCAUUCUCUUGUGUGGAAUAUUUCCGUAGGAUGCGUUUGCCAGAAUACAUGGACACUAUACGAGGUGUAGUUGUGGGUGUACAGGAGAGUGAGAUUGCAUGCAACUCUUUUGUAGAAUCUAUGCCCUCUUAUGCUAAUUUGACGAAUCCUCAAGAAUUCCUGCAUCAAGUGGAAUAUAGAUGGUUCAAAGAUGAAGUGCAAACUGCCCGAAUUUUAUUUUACUUGCGGGUUAUUCCAACAUGUGUUGAACGUUUGCCAGGUGCAGCAUUUAGCAGGGUGGUUGCUCCAACUAUGUUCUUAUAUAUGGGACAUCCAAAUGGAAAAGUAGCUCGAGCCUCACAUUCUAUGUUUGUGGCGUUUAUUUCUUUGGGGAAAGGUUCUGAUGAGAAUGAACGAGCAUUACUGAAAGAGCAGCUUGCUUUUUAUUACAUGCAGAGGUCUUUAGAGGGGUAUCCUGGUAUUACUCCUUUUGAGGGUAUGGCUUCUGGAGUUGCAGCCUUGGUCCGAAAUCUUCCUGCUGGAAGUCCAGCCACAUUUUAUUGUAUCCACAGUAUUGUUGAAAAAGAAAACAUGCUCUUGAGGGAUAGUUUCACUCAGGAGGCUGAUCUAUGGAAACACUGGCAGGGAGAAUCUGAACCUUGUAAGAAAAUCUUAGAGUUGCUUUUACGGCUUAUUUCUCUAGUUGAUAUACAGGUGCUACCAAACUUGAUGAAAUUGUUGGCACAGCUGAUCAUCAAGUUACCAAAGGAUGGCCAAAAUGUGGUUCUCAAUGAGCUAUAUGCUCAGGUUGCUGAUUCUGACGAUGUUACACGCAAGCCAACAUUGGUUUCAUGGUUGCAGUCAGUAUCCUAUCUCUGUUCUCAAGCAAUAAGUAGAAGUACGGCCUCCAAAAAGAAUGAGGGUGAAGAAAAUUCUUUGUCUCUUCAAGAUCCAUCAGACUGGGACAGGAUAAAUGCACGGCUUUAAACUAUUGAGGUGCACAUUUUGAAUGACCUUCCUUUUCAUUAUAUCAUUUCUGAAGUUCAGUAUCUUGCGCUGUUAACUAGCUUUAAACUUCUGGAUAAUUAUAGGGAAUGAUAAAAUGAAGACAUUCACAUGAAUUGGCCCUCUUCCUGUGCCUGUUGAAAUCCUUGUAAUCCAAAGAUUAGAACUUUGCAUUUGUUAAUUCUUGUUUUUCUUGCUAUCAAAAACUAACAGAAGAAUAAUUUUUUUUAUUGUAAAUGAGUGACAAAGGUUCACGAAAUACAGAGCAGGAUUGAAAGGAAAUUGAAAUGCAUGAAAUUGAAGCAAAGGAAGUAAAUCUAAGACUAAAAUAUGUAUAAUAGCUUGAUUGUUGGAGGUGCCGGACCUAUUUCUUGCCUCCUCUUCUUCCACAAACAAAAUUACUUGGCCUUCAAGCUGGACUAUUCAUCCGUGCAGUUUUUCUUUUUGACAGAUUUUAUGUGUGGGGUUUCUAUUGUAUCCUUUCUGUUACAGGUGAUGCAUAUUCUGAGAAUAUUGGUUUUUAUAUGGGAUACAUGUAUGAUGACAGAAACUCAAACUCAUCUUAUUCCUUUUUAUGAUAGCACUAAUCUGAAUGCUACCAAUUCAAUAAAACUUCUUUAGCUCUGAUGAUCUGGCACUCCUGAUCCAGGGCUGAAUUAGGUUUGAACAGUAUCAGUUCCUAGAUUUCACAUUCAUCAUUUCCAAAUUGUAGGACAUCAGAAACCACUCAUCCUUCAUGCCAUUUUGUUAAGGACAUUGGUGAUGAUAAAAGGAAUAAAUAAGAUGUUUUCUGGUCUUUUGACAUUUUUGACAAAAAAUACAAACCUUUACUACUUCAAUAGAAAUAUUAUUAGUAUGAGAAACUUGAUGACUAUUGAUGUUGGAAAGUGCAUGGCAGUAUGAGAUUCUGCUAGGUCAUUGAUAGUGGAAAUAUGAAAUGAUUAUGUUGGUGUUUGAUUGCUAAGAUGUUUAAGGGAAGACAAUUUUACUUGUCAGACUAUAUGUAUUUCUGUGGAAACCAUGUUUUGUUUGCUUUGAUUUUUGCUCGAGUUUGAUCUGCUAUGAUGUGGGAACUUUAGCUUGGUAAAUGUGGCAAUAAGAAUCCAGCUAGCUUGAGGUUUGUCUUAUUCUUGAUGGAUCAAACAUACCAUAAAUGCAUAUUCUUAUUGCUUCAGCUAUUAGUAAUCUGAAAAUGAAGAGUCAGGACUUGGGACUCACUGGUUCAGCUAGGUAUGACUGACCCGUGAGAUUAUGCUUUGUUUCUGCUCUGGAGCUGCUACAACUUCAAGUGUUCUGGAAUUAGCUGUCUGGAUGGCCCAAAAAUCUUGCUUUCUAUCCAAAGCUUAAGAAUUUGCAAGCUAUUGGAAAAGUUGUGAAGUCCUUAACGAAAAUAAACAAAAAAGGUUCCCCAAGGCUUCGCCAGCAGCUCCCAUCCCAUGCCCAGUGGAUGCAGAAGUUCUAGUGAAAGGCAUGGCCGCAGCACACUGGUGAUGGUGCUAUCACUCAGGCAAAUGCACAUUUGUUGUGCCUGAAAAUUUCUAGAGCUGGGGGUUGAUGUUAGGUGCCAAAAUUUUACACUCAUUCUAUUCGGUGCUGGCUGGUGAAACAGUUUGGAUGACAGAUUCGAUGUAUGGGCAUGACAGAUUUGUUCUUAAUUGACAUAAGUGUAUGGCAGAGGUAUACAAGCAUGGUAGAUAAUUCUAAAUCAUGACGAAUCAUCUGCAUAUGGCUCUGCUCCACUAUUACUAUUCGCCUGCUUCCAUUUGUAAAUUCUUUCAUCACAUAUGAAUAAACUUGGAUGGGUUUCACAUAAUCUGGUUAAGGGCUGCAAAUUGGCUUAUGCUUUGCCAACGAAAAAUGUUAUGGCUGAGGUCUACUUGUUGACCUUUAAUUAUGUUCCUCAACCCUUUUUUGGGGCCACUAUUGGCUAUAAGCAGCAAGACUAGAUGUUUGUUGCUGGCAUAUAGAAAUAAUCUAUCAUGUACGACUCAUUGCUGCAUUGAUAUCCAAGAUAAGCAGGCUUUUAUUCAAGCAAGCUAUGUGGAAAUUCAGUUGUAUCUGAAAUGGGAUUAAUGAUCCAGGCACUAGCUUGUUGUGGGGAGCAUUCUCUGCCUUUUCACAUGAUAUUGUUCUCACAUGUAGGAAAUUGUUCUCACAUGUAGGACCAUUUCUUUUUGCAAGAGAACUGGAGUGGAUUAUGGUUUUAUCUUUACAUACAUUGUUGCAAGAGAUAAUUUCUUCUACAAAAAUUGCACUAAUCGGAGUAAAGACAAAGGUUUCCGCAAUCGUACUGUAUGAUUAUUUAGAGAAAUUGGUAAAUAUUUACUAAGUCAUUUAUUGGCAAAAUUAAUUGCAUAAUAACAAGUGUCGUUGCUUAUUAUUUAUUAUAUUUAUUGAUUGA